UGCAUAACAGAGGGCUGUGUCAUACCUCACCAGCUAGUGUUCUCACUGCUCAGCCUCCAUGGAUUUGGAGUCUGAAGCCACUCAUUCAGAUACAUAUCUAGAUGCUGCAGCUGCAGAAUCCUGGCUUUUAUCUGAUCCUACGACUGGGUACCUUGAAGAUGCUAUUUCUGGUUGGGGUAUUUGGUGCAACAAAGAAAAUUCAUCAUCCCACUUUCAGGAUCAAAAGGAAUCACUUUAUUUGGAUGACCAGAUAAAUCUAUUUUCAACUUGUUCUGCCACAACAACCCAAGUCCUUGAUAAUAGUCGCGAAUUGAACAUUAGGGGUCAAUCAUCAACACAGAGUGAUAUGCAUGGAGCAAUAAUCAAAGAUGACAGUUCUCAGAGGAGCUGGGCAUCUGGAGACUCAGAUGAAAAUGAUGCUUCAGUUUCAAAGAGUCAGUGGAAGAAAAUAGCAUACCCAUUUGAGUUGGUGAAGCGUGGAGGAAUGGAAGGUGAAACAACCCUAAAAGACAUAAACGAGCAGAUAGUGAUGAGCCCAACAAAGCCAAUUCCACAUCCAGUGCCACAUUCGAUGACUUCUUCUGCGUCAUCGUUUUCAGCUCGCAGUUUUGGUAUGUCAGGGAAAGCAGUGGUAGCCCUCACAAGGAUUCAUACCCAAGGUAGAGGUUCCAUUACCAUUAUGAGAACCAAGGGCUGAGUUCAGCCCUUACUCUUGUAUGAUACAUAUAUCUGUAUGCCUUAGUGUCUCUGUACAAAAACUCCAACCCAAAUCCUGCAUAGUUUAUAAAGAUGAAUGGAGGGUUCAUUAGAUGCAUAAAACUUCACCGGCGAAUGCCUUUGUACCUCUGAAAAAUGAAAUGAACCGAAUUACUAUACAAGUUUUGAAAGAGGAGAACCAGGCCCUUCAAAAUUGAGACUGUACUCACAUAAUCUUAAAGAAAAGGGUUUGAUAUUGC